UGGUGAUACUCUUAAUUAUUCUACAUCCAAUAAUAAUUUUUCCACUACUCUAGCAACUCACACCCAACAAUCUUCUUCUACAGUUCACAACAACAAAACACGCAUCAAUUUUCAAGAGUGCAAGGGUGAUUUAUUCACCGACUCACCACCGACCAACGCUCUCGCCCACUGUGUCUCACAAGACUUUAGCAUGAGUACUGGAAUCGCUCUAGAAUUUCGUAAAAGAUUCAACGGUGUCAAAGAUCUUGAAUCACAAAAAAAGAAAGUCGGACAAAUUGCCUAUUUGAAUCGUGAUGGCCGUUACUUAUUCUACGUCAUCACGAAACGACAUGAGAACGAGUAUUCGACAUGCGAAAAUUUUACGCAUGGGUUGAUUGAGUUAAGAAAUAUUUGCGAGAAUUUUGGUGUUAAAGGGUUGAGUAUGCCGCGAACUGGAAUGGAUAUUGAUAAUUUAUCCUUAGAUUUUGUGAGAGAAAGUGUGAAGCGUGUAUUUGACGGAACUGAUAUUCAAGUUACCAUGUUUCAUUUUUAA